CGCGCACAGGCGUAGCUGGGAAUAUUCCCAGCAUUGGGGUUUUCAGCCAUUUUUGCCUCAAAGACGUUUCCAGGUGCCUUCCGUCGAGCGGCUGGAGUGUUGGAGCAUCUUUAACUGUCUGGAGAAAUCGGACAGCUGUGCGUGUGUGAAGGACACACGGGUGGGCACCAGGGGGAAUCGAGGGGGUUUUGUUUAUCUAAGGGAUUGGAAGUGAUGCAUUUUAAUUAUUUUCUGAUGUGAGGGGAAAAGGAGCUUUGAGAAAACAAGCGUUUUAAUUGAAAUUCAGCCUCUCAAAGAGGACAAAUAAAAGUGGCUACCACUAUGAUAACUACCUUGUUUUGCAACAUGAUGUUUCUGCUGGCAUUUGGAUUGGCUUCAGCGUUUAGCCACAGCCCUAGAAUGCCUGACAGGGUUACUGAAGCAGAUAUACAAAGGCUCCUCCAUGGGGUUAUGGAGCAAUUGGGCAUUGCCAGACCCCGGGUAGAAUAUCCAGCACACCAGGCUAUGAAUCUUGUUGGUCCACAGAACAUUGAAGGUGGUGCACAUGAGGGUCUCCAGCACUUGGGUCCUUAUGGUAAUAUCCCAAACAUUGUGGCUGAGCUGACAGGUGAUAACGUACCAAAGGAUUUCAGUGAAGAUCAAGGCUAUCCUGACCCUCCAAAUCCCUGCCCUAUUGGAAAAACAGUUGAUGAUGGGUGUCUAGAAAACACCCCUGACACAGCAGAGUUCAGCAGGGAAUACCAGCUGCACCAACACCUUUUUGAUCCAGAGCAUGACUACCCCAACGUGGGCAAGUGGAGCAAGAAUUUACUCUUUGAAAAGAUCAGUGGUGGUCCAAAAAGAAGAAAGAGGAGUGUGAACCCCUAUCUGCAAGGACAGCGACUGGAUAAUGUUGUAGCAAAGAAGUCUGUUCCACAAUUUUCGGAUGAAGACAAAGGUCCUGAAUAAGUACAGUAAAAACGAAAGAUAAAAACUCAUGCCAUCCCCUGCUAGAUUGUAAUAUUGCUUAUAUAUAAUCAUCUAUGAAAAUCCUUGUGAAUGGCAGCAUGCUUAUUAUUUAUACGACUGUAGAUGAAAAACAGCUGUAUGUAUAACAGUAUGUUCUAGAUAACAAAAAUAUGGUUCUGCUUUUUGUUAAGUUACGGUAAAAGGACAUUUCUGUUGUUUUUAUUUUAGUCAUGGAGCAAACUUUAAAAAUGUUAGUCAUUUUAAUAGCUAACGUGAGGUAAAUGGUCCUAAUGAGCAGCUUGUAAAUAGGAAGAUGAAAAAAAUGCCCAAUCUGACUCCAGCAUUUAAUCUUAAAUGUUACUAUGUUUGACACAUGAAAAUUACAGUUUUAUGUUUUGUUCGCAAAUAUUGUUACUUAGCAAAGACAAAGUAUUUAUUUUACCAGAGAAUUUUGGCUUUUGGUCAUUUUAAUAAACAUUUAAGCAAUCUACAAGGUUUGCAAAGUGACAUUUCCAAAAUAUUUCAGUGGCUCAUUUGUCUCUGUUAUUGCUGUGCAAAUUUAAAAAUUAAAGAACUGCUUUUUGACUCUAUUCACUGGAAUAUUUUUCUGUUAGUUUUAAUCAUUCCUUAACUUUCCUGAACACUUGCACAUCUUUCUUCUUUAUCAACAAAACUGUUAUGUGGAAUCUCCCCCACUGUUCUUUGUCUUAGUAACAGUGGAAUUUGUGCAUUAUAGUGUUCUUAAAUUAUGCUUCCAGGGGAUAUUAUAAAUGAAGAUGGAGACAUUUGUCUGUGUUAAUAAGGUUAUAUCAACAACCUCUGAAUCUAAAUCCAGGUUAUGAAGGUCGUUACAGUUGAUCUUCUGAAAAAUUAUGCUACUCUAAUAACACUGGCAGCUAUCAUUGCUCUUAAAGUUGUUCCGGGAAGCUUAAAUUGCCUUUUUGCCCCUAGGAGAUUGAAGAACUUUAUAUUCCACAGUUCUCCCUUUCUGAAAGAGGAGAAUAUAAAAUUACCUAAAAUUUUUUAUUUUCAGAAUACAUCUGAAUAUUUAAAGCCAUGUGCACGGAGCAUUGGAAUUAUGGAAAAGAGCCUUAAUUUACAGCUUUGAACUUGAAGUCUGUGGAAAAAGAAGUAGUUUCCUUUCCCAUCCUACAGAAAAACACAGUAAAAUAAUGAUGACCCCUUAGAUAAAAAACAGAUAAGAAACUAAAGUUCCUAGCUAACAAGAUUAAAGUUAACAGGAUGGCACAAAUAUGACUGUCAAUAGCAUUUGCUUUUUUUGUCCUACCACUUGGUGAUAAGUUAUGUAUGUAGAGAGUUGGCCCUC